AUGGGUGUGUCUGGUGUCAUAUCAGAUGUAGUAUCGGUUUCAGUGAUGGAGGGAGAUUCAGUCACUCUAUACACUGGUGUUCAAACAGACCAACAAGAAGAUAUUAAAUGGUAUUUUAAAGACACUCGCAUUGCUCAAGUCAGUGGAGAUCUCAGUUAUAUCUGUACAGAUGUUCAGUGUAAUGAAGGUACUGAGAGAUUCAGAGAUAGACUGAAGCUGGACAAUCAGACUGGAUCUCUGACCAUGACAAACAUCUCAAACACAGACUCUGGACUUUAUGAACUGAAGAUCAUCAGCAGCAGCAGCAGCAGCGACAAGAUCUUCAGUGUUACUGUCAAUGGUGUUUCUGCUGAUGAAGAAGAAGUGAAUGAGGGAGAAUCUGUCACUUUAGAUCCUGGUGUAACAAAAAGCCCAAAUGAUGUGAUGACAUGGUAUUUUAAUGAUAUUCUCAUCGCUGAAAUCACUGGAGAUCAGUGUAAUGAGAGAUUCAGAGACAGACUGAAGCUGGAUCAUCAGACUGGAUCUCUGAACAUCACAAACACCAGAACCACAGACUCUGGACUUUAUAAACUACAGAUCAGCAUCAUCAGCAGCAGUUUCAGCAUCAGCAGAGUGAAGAGAUUCAAUGUCACUGUCACCGGUGCUGUUCCAGGUUCAGGUCUAUCUCCAGCUGCUGUAGCAGGAGGAUGUGCUGCUGUUGCUGUUGUUCUGCUGCUGGCUGCAGUUGUUGUGGUUUACCGUCGCCGCAGAAGAUACAGUCAAGCAGCACAGAAUGACAGUGAUGUUAAUAACUCUGAUCAGAAAGACUAUCCUUUAAAUCAAAUUCAGACUGAGGCUGCGAAGGAAACAGUCUUUCAUUGAAAGGGACACUAAAGAGAAUCAGGGAAUGAUGGAGAGAAGAGGAUCAGCUGAAACGCUCUUCAGAGUAAUUGUGCCACGAGUCCAGUAUUUCAGUAGUCGAUACCAGUGAUCCAGAGAGGAACAGUGAGACAUCAUCUGUUUCUUGUCUUUUGCACUAUAAUGUUUGACAUUUUCAGUUAUUUGGUCCUGCCUGCUUACUGUACAUUUACUUAGAACUGACUUCUCUAUAAUUGCCCUGUAGGUGGUUUGAUUGGUAUUGUUGCUGUUGCUGAAGAAA